ACGCGCACCAUUCUUCAACCCAAGGUACGGUACCGAUAGUCUGAUUCCCGAUUCGUGGAAACAGCCGCAAUCAGCUCCUUCAGUCGGGUCAUCCACAUUUCUAUUACCGGUGCUUUAGAAACCACCGAGAAGAGAGCUCUCGCCAGAAAAAAGCACCAAACGUCCGAAAAAUUGUACCUGGGGGCUGUCAAUUCCAAAAAGGUCGGAGGUUGUGCUACUCCGCUUGAAAUACCGUUAUACCUGAGCACUGAGUACAGUACCCUACUCCACAGGUAUCAUACUGGUACAAGUACGAGUACUCGGGUAGAGCCAUCACUAUACGGUACCCGAGUACCGGGUAAUCGUCCCUGGAACACGGAUACAGCAGACAGUCCCGGCAUGUACCGGCAGUGAGAACUGCACCCCGAGCACUUGUAACGUCUACCCCGGCUAGCACCCAAUCCUUUUGACAAUAAGGCUCACCCAAUCACACCCGUGAGCUUGGCACUUUUGGUCUCUCCGCAACCCCCCAGCCCCCCGACGGCCCUACCCCUUACCCACCGCUCUCCCACAUUGCUCCUCUCCUACCCCAAGUUCAACCUGCGCUGCCGCUCACCCUGCGAUACCGGCAGUGGUCCUUUGAGAAGCGAGAUUAUACCAUCGUGCUCCCUUUCAAAAUGCCUAUCGCGUCGCCCUUUCCCACAAUUGAUAUCCCCCAGAAGGAUAUACAUUCUUUCUUGUUCGAAAGGGAGGAUAGACCUUUCCCAGAAGACCAAGGUGAGUUGACCCAGUGUGACCUACGACGGGAAUCGAAUCCUCUGAUCCUUCUGACAUAUGACAGUUGUUUAUAUUGAUGGGAACACGAAACGCCAAUUAACCUAUGCGGACGUUCGAGAUCAAGCAAAGACUUUCGGAACCGGUCUCAAGUCCCACUGGAGUUGGCGAAAGGGUGACGUUUUGGCAGUUUAUAGGUUCGCUACCGGAACUUCACUAAGAAUUUCACCCUAUAACUGUGCUUCGGUGGUACUAAUGCCUUCCCACCACUCUUCUUUCCAUUUUAGCACCAACCAGAUCGACACACCACCGGUAGUAUGGGGAACUCUGUGGGCUGGCGGCGUCAUUACAACGGCGAACCCGGGCUAUGGGGUGGAGGAGCUUUCCUUCCAGCUUAAGGACUCAAGUGCAAGGGCCCUGGUGACGUUGGUUGAUUUGCUCCCGAUUGCUAUACAAGCAGCUGCAAAUGCGGGAAUCCCAAAGGACCGGAUCAUCGUUUUGGGCGAUAAAAGGACCAAAGAACACAGACACUGGAAAGAUAUUACUGACCUGAGCACGAGUGCCAAGUGGAGGAAGACGAGAAUCCUGAAUCCGGAGGAAGAAUUGGCAUAUUUGGUAUAUAGUAGCGGAACAACUGGCCUACCCAAGGGGGUGAUGCUGAGCCAUAAAAACAUCGUCGCAAAUCUCGUGAGCCGCCCUCCUCUCGCUGCCCCCAAGAGAUAAAGGCGGGGUUAUAUAUUAAAUCUUCACUUGCAUUCUCGACCAUAGCUUCAAUUUACGCCCAAUGACCCACUGGAUUGGACGGAGGAUAGGUUGGUUGCGUUUCUGCCUUUCUUCCAUAUAUACGGAUUGACUUGUGAGCUUCUUUCAAGGCCUUGUGUACCUUGGGAACAGGAACUAAUCUUUCCAGGCCUAAUGCAUCACGCAAUUCUACGGGGGCUACCAACGGUGGUAAUGGAUCGCUUUGACCUGAAUAAAUUCUGUCAACAUAUCCAGGAUUAUAGGGUCACUUUUGCAUACGUGAGUUGAUUGGCGCAGGGGCUCAGGUCAGUUCGAGUGAUUGACGUCUCUGCAGCUUGUGCCACCCGUGAUCCUUCUUUUGGCAAAGCACCCCGAUGUAGCCAAAUACGAUUUCAGCAGUCUCAAGAUGGUGAACUCUGGUGCUGCGCCGCUCACCAGAGAGUUGGUGGAGUCUGUGUGGGCCAGGCUGAGGAUUUCUAUUAAGCAAGGUUUGUUCCGCGCCACCGGAGGGGCGGGCGGUAGUACUACGAUGGAGCUGCUAACUGAGAAUGGCUUGAGCCAGGCUACGGGCUCUCUGAGACUUCUCCAGUGACGCACUCUAUGCGAUGGAGUCAAUGGAGAUCACACGUUGGGAGUGUUGGCCCAUUACUUGCUAGUAGGUAUAUUUUGUCCACUCCCCUUAGCACUGCCACUAAUUGUUCUUGUAGAUAUGACGGCAAAGUAUGUCGAUGAAGAAGGGGUAGAAGUUCCUGCCGGCAAACCCGGAGAACUUUGGAUGGCUGGGCCUAAUAUUAUGAUGGGUUACCUUAACAACCCAACCGCAACCGUCAAUGCCAUCACUCCGGAUGGGUUCUUUAAGACUGGUGAUGUCGGAUACCAAGAUGGAGAUGGAAACUUUUACAUCACCGAUCGUGUCAAGGAAUUGAUCAAGUAUAAAGGUUUCCAAGUCGCGCCUGCUGAACUCGAGGGUUUAUUGUUAGGACACGAAAAGGUGGAUGAUUGUGCCGUCACCGGCAUUUACAGUCCUAGGAUAGCAAGCGAAGUACCCAGGGCAUACAUUACCCUUAGCGCCGGGGCGGAGCGGAGUAAAGACACAGAGCUGGAAUUGAUCAAAUAUGUCGAAGAUAGGGUUGCUCAACACAAGAGGUUGAGAGGUGGAAUCAGAUUUUUGGAUGCAAUUCCGAAGUCUAUCUCUGGAAAAAUCUUGAGAAGAGUUCUAAGGGAUAUUGCCAAGGAAGAGGACGAGGGAGAGGCGGUUCCGAAGGCUAAGCUCUAAAGGGAUUCUGUUUCAAGACCUCGAGGAUGUCUCCGUAGAUUAUUCGUAUAACGUGGUCCGGAAGUUUUCUUGGUUAUCCUCUGUUCAUGUUAGUACAGCACCCUCGCGUGAGCUAUAGUACGCCCGAUACAGUUGUAUCGAUCAAGUACCCUCUCGGUCGAGUAAUUAAUUAUAAUGACUUUCACGAGGUGUUGGGUCGUCCUCAAUCCCGGGAAGUAAAAGAGAGGAAUACAAGACCUAAGUUACCGACACCACCUGUAUCGCAGGGACAUCAUACCGAAGCCUAUGAUAGGUCUAUCCAAGCACAGGGAAACCCAUCUGCAGGGAGGCAAUACCCCACUAUAAUAGUAUAGAUCUGCUUCUCUAGUGAGGCAGCAAG